CCGCUACUGUUCGGUCGAGUAGCACUUAGUUGGCAUCACGAGGCUGAGUGCACCCCGAAAAAUGGCAACAGCACAUGGCGGCCCGGAUGGUCACCCACCCAAUCGCCCGCCCCGUCCGACAGACCUUACCUUCGGUGAUCUGACGGCACUGGUGUAUCCACUAUGGCAAGGCCAUUGCAAGACGGCAGCGGCGGCUACUCACCAGGAGUGUCCUCAUGUCGGAGGCAGUGGCUGCGGCCUGGAGGAAGAGCGUGUAGCGGUGUCGCCUCUGCCCCGAGGCGGCCGCCUCUAUAUAUAUAGGGCGGCGCGCCGCCGCCCACGCCGCUCACCGCCGUGCUGGGCCGUGCGGGGCCGCCGCCCCUCGCCCCCGGGGGCCACGGAUGCCCCCUGCCACCCCCCCCCCCCCCCCCCCCGGUGGCAUUAG